AUGACCGGACGAGGAAAAGGUAAAGCCCAGGGCACCAAGUCAAAGACUCGUUCUUCCAGGGCAGGUCUACAGUUUCCUGUUGGUCGCAUCCGUCGCCUUCUUCGUAAAGGCAACUACGCUGAACGCGUCGGAGCCGGUGCUCCCGUGUACUUGGCUGCCGUACUUGAGUAUCUGAGUGCUGAGAUCCUCGAGUUAGCAGGAAACGCAGCACGCGACAACAAGAAGUCAAGAAUCAUUCCUUGUCACCUCCAGUUGGCUGUGCGAAAUGACGAAGAAUUAAACAAACUCCUUGCCGGUGUCACCAUCGCUCAAGGCGGUGUUCUUCCCAACAUUCAGGCAGUAUUACUACCUAAAAAGACAUAGAAGAAACAACACUAAGCGACGGCAACAACCAUAAAUACAAACGGCUCUUUUAGGAGCCACCAAGCCUGGAAUAAAGUCAUGACCAAUCACGAUAUAAAUUUGUAAUCUACCCCCAAAUAGUAUUCGCCGUCUUAUUUUGGGGUUAAUAACUGGAUGGAUACUUAGCGGCAAAUAAUUAUGUCUCGCGGAAACUCGCUAUUUCUAUUUGUUUUUGCAUGGUUCCAUGUUCUUAGUUUUGUUCAUAAAUGCGUAUACCAAAGCAUAUUUAGCACUAUUUCGGCUAUUGCAUGUAAGAAAAAAAUAACAGCAACCACAGCAUUGCUUGAAACUGAAACCAGUCUUAGGUAAGUUUAGCUCGGUGUAACAUGAAUUUUAAGACUGAUGUGAUUAUAUCAUGAAAGUUGAAAUUGCGUUUGAUUUUUAUGCAGGUUUCAUUCGCGCUGUUUCCAACAGAUUUUUAUACGAACUUCGAGGUACAUACCAAGCGACAAUCGAACAACUUUCCGCUCUUUUUAAACGAGUACACAAUUAAUCGCAUUCCUACCAACCGGGAAGAAACAUUGCUGCUACUACUGAGUUUGAAAUAUUGUUUUCUUUGCGCAAAAAUUACAAGAGAUCGUCGUGAUUUCCUUCAGUGCACAAGCUGUUUACGUAAAAUAAACUAACACAGUUAUAAAUUGUCGACGGUAACGACACAAACCAGCUUGCUCUCUUAAUUCCGCGACAACAACAACGUACAACAACAGCUUAUUCACUACCUAAAGACAAAAGCUUUACAGUAUUGUAUGCCCCGCAAAGAGCUACGAGGCUAACCUAGACGGAAAAAAAAAAAAAAAUUUCCUGUAUGGGUAACGACUGCGCUGCUGUAAAGUCACUAAAAAAGAAAAAACUCGCGUGGACGCACCCAGUAAAUAAAGCGCUGAAUCCAUUUCAGGUGUAUGUUGACUUGUUUGUAUGUGUAUAAACCUGCAGCAAUGAUCGUAAUGAAAACAAAUUCUCUUAUCACGUAUUGGUCAGAGCUUUUCAUACAUUUGUUGGCUCCUAAAAGAACCGUUGGUUUAAGUGUUGAUCAGGGAUCACAGCGUAUUCUAACCCCCAAAACCGUACAGAGUACGUCCUUGUCGUUUCAGAGCGUAUACUACGUCCAUGGCUGUAACGGUCUUACGCUUGGCGUGCUCGGUGUAGGUCACGGCAUCGCGGAUAACGUUCUCAAGGAAAACUUUCGGAUCACCGCGUGUCUCCUCGUAGAUCAGUCCAGAAAUUCGCUUUACACCCCCACGGCGAGCGAGACGACGGAUCGCUGGCUUGGUAAUUCCUUGGAUAUUAUCGCGUAG